UUCCUCCAUUCACAGGGAACACUCUUACAGAAGACAACCUCUUUACUCCUUGAAUGGACCAAACACUCCUCCACUCCAAAACGAAGAGCACAGCCCGUUGUCCUCUCCCAUUUGUCUUUUCAACUCAGCCCGUAGUAAAAUUGGCGACUUCACCGUGAACUUGAGGAGCUUCUGCCGAGUGUGCUGUAUUUUAAAAUAUCUGAUGAACAUCAACUGAGGCCGACUUCUCAGCACCGAGUCCUGGACCACAAUGGGUUCAGAUGUCCGUGAGCUGAAUUCCCUGUUACCUCCAGUCCCAGCCGGGCCCAAUCCAAGCUGCCCUGCCCUACCGGUCAGCACGGCUCCCCAGUGGGCCCCAGUCCUGGACUUCCACAAUGCCACCUCCCCUUAUUCGUCUCUGGGAGCCCCUCAUUCGUCCCUCGGGCCGCACUCCUUCAUCAAACAGGAGCCCAGUUGGGGGAGCGCAAGCGACCCUCACCACCUUGAUGCGGAUCCUCACUGCGGCCUCAGCGCCUUCACCGUCCACUUCUCGGGACAGUUCACGGGCACGGGAGCCUGUCGCUACGGGGCUGCAUUCGGAGCGCCCCCUCCUGCGCCCGCCCCCUCUGGCCAACCGCCUUCAGUCGGCGCCCCCCAUCAUCAUCAACCCCCCAGCAGGAUGUUCAGCAACCCACCAUACCUGACCAACUGCAUGGACACGCAACCUGCCCCCCGAAGCCAGACAGGUUACAACACAGUUGCGUUCGAUGGCGCCAGCAAUUACGGUCACACUCCAUCUCACCCCAGUUCUCAGUUCUCCAAUCACUCCUUCAAACAUGAAGACACAUUAAGUCAUCAGAACGUCAUUGCAGAGCAACAGUAUUCUGUGCCCCCUUCGAUGUAUGGAUGUCACACCCCUUCAGACAGCUGUACAGGCAGCCAGGCUCUGUUGCUGAGGAACCCCUACAACAGUGGUGAAAAUUUAUAUCAAAUGACCUCACAGUUGGAGUGUGUGGCUUGGAACCCUGUCAAUACACUGGCAUCCACCGUGAAGAGUCAUACAGGGGGCUACGACAGUGACCCCAGCGCACCCAUGGUGUACAGUUGCAGUACACAGUACCGGAUACACACGCAUGGCGUCUUCAGGGGAAUACAGGAUGUAAGGCGGGUACCAAGCAUUGCUCCGGCAAUAGUCCGAUCAGAGAGCAACGAAAAGCGUCCAUUCAUGUGUCCACACCCGGGUUGCAACAAGCGCUACUUUAAGCUGUCACAUCUGCAGAUGCAUGGCCGCAAACACACAGGGGAGAAACCUUACCACUGUGAUGUUGCAGAAUGUGGUCGAGGCUUCUCUCGAUCGGACCAGCUCAAAAGACACCAGAGGAGGCAUACAGGUGAUAAACCCUUCCAAUGUGCGACGUGUCAGAGAAAGUUCUCUCGAUCUGACCACCUUAAGACACACACCCGGACUCAUACAGGUAAAACAAGUGAAAAGCCGUUCAACUGCCGUUGGCCAAAUUGUCAGAAGAAGUUUGCUCGCAGUGAUGAAUUGGUGAGGCACCACAACAUGCACCAGAGGAACCUCACCAAGCUCCAACUGGCUAUCUGAAUCCGUGUUCCCUUACAGUCACAAAACACGGGGGCGUUUAACAGAUUGCUUGUUUGUUCUUCUAUUUGUCAAAAUCACGGCAGUAGAUCUCAAGGUUUUCUCAAGGACAUUUCAUUGUUUUCCUUUCACAAAUACAUCCUAUCAUCAAAUGAAUGUUUGCAUUCCUUGUAGGGAUUAAAGUAACUGAAGCGCUAUAUUGUAAAAAUUGAAAGUAAACCUGAACGGGACACACUCUGCCCAUUUAAUGAGAUUUCACCACAUUUUUCACGGUAGUACUUCCCAAGAACAAUUAAAACAAUUUAAUGAGCUAGGAUAAGUUGCACCUUAAAGAUAUAAUUAAAACCUGAACCGAAUUCCACUAUCUAAUUUUAAGUUGUCCAAUACUCUUCUGUGCAGAGGUGGGUAGUAAUGUGUUGCAUUUACUUGCAAUUGAGAAAAAUGUACUUCUAAAGGUAGUUUUACCACGCCAUACUUGUUACUUCUACUUGAGUAGAUUUGUGAAGAAGAAACACUACUCUUACUCCGCUACAUUAGGCUGCACUAGAGUCACUAUUUUAUCUCUCUUUAUUUUUACCAGCACAGUGGUGCUCACCAAUAAGACGCAGCAACAAUAAUCACAUGACUCCAUUAUACCAACUAGACGUAACAAUACAGAUACAUCACCACAAACAACAGAAGCUUGCAGUCCAGUCUUAUGAUCUCGUCGAUGUUUUAACAUCACAACUGGUGACGUCUUUAAAGCGCUGUAAAAAUAAAGUAUUUCAGAUAGAGCAUUGUCAAAAAUAAAAGCGCGUAUUUCAAACUUUCCUAGUACGGGUAGUCCCCGGGUGACGUAACCGACAUACAUGAUUUUGACUUUACAACGCGUGUCUCAUCCGCUGUUUUUCUCCAACAGUGUUAAGUCGCGUAACUGUGUCUCCGCCACCUCUUAGCAUUGACGGUAACUACAGUAUAUUAUUUAUCAUUUAAUUUUCUUAUUUGUUAGGGCUAAUAAAUCUAAAUUGGUGAUCUCUACAGUAAUUGCUAUGCAUAUCUGGUAUUUUAUUAUACAGUGGUAUGAAAAAGUAUCUCAUGGAAUUUCUCACAUUUCUGCAAUAAAUCACCAUCAAAUGUGAUCUGAUCUUUGUCAAAAUCACACAGAUGAAAAAACAGUGUCUGCUUUAACUUAAACAACCAAAGCAUUUAUAGGUUUUCAUAUUUUAAUGACGAUAGUAUGCAAACAAUGACAGAAGGGGGAAAAAAUAAGUAAGUGAACCAUCACAUUUAAUAUUUUGUGGCCCCCCAUUUGGCAGCAAUAACUUCAACCGGAUGCUUCCUGUAGCUGCAGAUCAAUUCGGCACAUCGAAUCCUGGCCCAUUCUUCUCUACAAAACUGCUUUAACUCAGUCAGGUUCAUGUCUUUCGGUCAUGCCACGGCCUCUCAAUGGGGUUCGAGUCUGGACUUUGACUUGGCCACUCCAGAACAUGUAUUUUGUUCUUCUGAAACCCUUCUAAAGUUGAUUUACUUCUGUGUUUUAGAUCAUUGUCUUGUUGCAGCAUCCAUCCUUUUUUUAGCUUCAGAUGUCUGACGGACGGCUUCGGGUGUUCCUGCAAAACAUCCUGAUAAACUUUUGAAUUCAUUCUUCCAUUAAUGAUUGCAAGUUGUCCAGGCACUGAGGUAGCAAAACAGCCUCAAAUCAUGAUAAUCCCUCCACCAUGCUUCAUGGUGGGCAUGAGGUGUUGAUGUUGGUGAGCUGUUCCAUUUUUCCUCCACACAUGACGUUGUGUGGUACUCUCAAACAAUUCAACUUUUUUUUUUUUUAUGUCAGUCCACAAAAUAUUUUGCCAAAACUACUGUGGAGUGCCCAAGUGCCUUUUUGCAAACAUUAAACCAGACAAUGGUUUUUUAAACAGCAGUAGUUUCUCCGUGGAAUCCUCCCAUGAACACCAUUCUUGGCCAUAGUUGUACAUAUAGUUGAUGCGUGCAGAGAUAUUGGACUGUGCCAGUGAUUUGUGUAAGUCUUUAGCAGACACCCUAUGGUUCUUUUUUUUACCUCUGAGUAUUCUGCGCUGAACUCUUGGCGUCAUCUUUGGUGGACGACCACUCUUUGGGAGAGAAGCAACAGUGCCAAACUCUUUCCAUUUGUAAACAACCUCUCUGACUUGAUUGAUGAACAUCCAGAUUUUUAGAGAUGGUUUUGUAUCCCUGCCCACCUUUAUACAAAUCACCAAUCCUUGAUCGCAGGUCUUCAGACAGCUCUUUUGACUGAGCCAUGAUGCACAUCAGAGAAUGCUUCUCAUCAAGACAAUUCUUACAAGGUGUGUGUUUUAUAGUGGGCAGGGCAGCUUAAAACCAUUCAUCAGUGAUUGGGCACACUCCUGACUUAAAUUGUUUGGUAAAAAUUGGUUUCAAUUGCUCUUUAAGUCUCCUUAGACAGAAUGUUCACUUACUUAUUUUUCCCCCUACUGUCAUUGUUUGCAUGCUAUCCUCAUUAAAAUAUGAAAACCUAUAAAUGGUUGGGUGGUUUUAGUUAAAGCAGACACUGUUUUUACAUCUGUGUGAUUUUGACAAAGCUCAGAUCACAUUUAAUGGGGAUUUUAUGUAGAAAUGUGAGAAAUUCCAAAAGGUUCAGAUACUUUUUCAUACCACUGUACUACAGUAUAUGUCAGGUCCGCUUUCCUCUGUUGCACUCGGACUUCUUUGACGUCAAGCUAUUUUCUGUUAGUUUCGAGCGUUGCUUUCAGGUUGGGAAGCACGGGUAAACGCCAGUUAUAACAUUUCACGAAGGCAGAGAAACAGUAAACGGUGUGGGCUCGCCGAUGCACCCUCUUCCCUUGUUAGCUUUUAUUAGCAUGCUAGCUUAUUGAGCAGCAUUCGUUUUCACCGCUGGACCGGUGCCACUAAUAGCUGCCGUUUUCUUUGUUGAAUUUGAUUGAAGAUUUGGACCUUAUUUCCCUCCUUAUUAUUGUGCAGCCACUGAGGUAUGUUUUUGUAAGCAAAUAUGUUUCUAUUGAUUUACUUUAUAGCAUUAUUGUAUGCUCUUUGUCAUUAAUGUAUUUUAUUUUCUAAUAGUGUGUUAAUAGUUUGACGGUGACAAAUUAAUAAAUAUCAGUUGUUUUUAGCACUAUGGUGUGAUCGGUGUUACCAGACGGAAGUGAUAUCUAAUUUUUUACUUUAUUUUAUGAAUACGACGUAUAAUAUGUUUUUGGUAAAUGGUGUUAUACUUGUAUAGCGCUUUUCCACCUUUCAAGGCGCUUUACACUACAUCGCCAUCCACCUGCUGGUGACGCAGCACCAGGAGCAACUUGAGGUUCAGUAUCUUGCUCAAGGAUACUUAAGAGAGUUCUUCAGGGCGGAGAAUCGAACCGACAACCCAUGGGUUCGGGGACAACUACUCUACCACUGAGCCACGCCACGCGUGGAUAGUUAUUUUGAGAUUUAGGGGGUAUUUAGUGAUUAUGAAGAAAUUAAGGUUACGUCGCCUGCGUAGGAAUGUAACUCGUUUAUAACCCGGGAAGUACCUGUCUUUAUUUGCACUGAUAGACCACGGAAAAGCACAGCAAGUUUUAGUUUCAUGGUGGAAAAUGUGUUUAUUCACUAGAGGACAGUCAUGCUCUUGGGACGGGUGAUUUUCAUUUCUAUUUUUUUCAGUGAGAGUCGAUGAUUCCGGUAUAUUUUUGCCUUAAUAUGGUCAUCUAAUAGUUUAUGGUAUAAAAAUAAUAGUUUAUAAAGAUGACCUUAUGCUGAGAAAGAAAAAUGUGCUAUUGUUUUAAAAAUAAGAUAUUAUAAGGAAUUACUCAGUACCUGAUUAGUUUUUUCAUCAAAUACUUUUUACUUGUACUUGAGUACAUUUUUUGGAAGACUACUUUUACUUGUACUUGAGUAAUAUUUGUUUGAAAUAACACUAAUCUGACUUGAGUACAUUUUUUAGCUACUCUACCCACCUCUGCUUCUGUGUCAUACCACAUUUUGGCACCUUUUGCUGAGGAACCAUCUAAGAGAUAGAACAGUCCUACGGUAUAAUUCUUAUUUUAUUUAUUUUUUUAGAAAAUGUUUGUCAUACCUUGACAAUCAAGGAAUCGUCAAAUAAGUUGAAACCGGACCACCUCAAAUAAUGAGUUUCAAUUCAUUUGAAGAUGGCUUUCAAAAACUUAAUAGGGAACCAUUCGGAAUAGUGUUUUGUACAAAUCUCUUCAAUAUAUCUUUUUAACAAGUGAUGUCAAAGUUCAGGAUUAGUUUACAAUAAAUAAGCAUGGCCCUACAGUUCUGUGUAAAUGAUCCUGUUGUAAAUAUCUCGCGUUAAAAGUAUUUAUUUUAAUUUCAUGGAUUGAUUCACUGGAAUUAGUUCAAGGGGCGGAGGUGAUAUACACUUCUUACCUUUGUAAUGCUGUAAAAAAAAAAAAAAAAAAAAAGUCAUCAAAGAUCAUGUUUAUAAAAUAAACGUGAAAUAUAGUGGAUGAUUUGCAUCUGGCAGGCAGUAUUUUUGUGUUUUGUUUAGGUCCUACAAUGUAAGCAAAAACGUUUUUUUGUGUGUGUGGUCAUAUUUGUGAUACAAACCUUUUGUUUUUUGUUUUUUUUUCCCAGUACUUUGGGGUAACAACACAUGGUAUUUUGUGUGCAGGGGUGUAAAUAUUAUGGACUUGGCCUUUUUUUUUUUUUUU